AUGCCUACGCGCGCAAUCAAGGCCAUCUUCUACACGCGAUUCCACCACGAGAAGGGAAACCGCGUCCUCCACCAGGUCCCCGCCGGCAGCAUCAUCCCCUCACAGCUGCCAUCUGCCCUCCCGACGCCGCUGAUUCCCUUUGCCUCGGUCACGCAAUAUCUCAUCCCCACGCAGCAAUUCUGCGAUCGCCUGCUCACCUUUUGCGUCCACCACCACCGCGUCAUCGGGUACCCCGUGUGCAUCCGUGAGGGCCGGUACAGCCGUAACGAGUUCAUCUUCAACUUUGCCAUUGUCAUUGGCGAGAACGAGGCCGAUUGGGCGUGCUACGGCGAGGUUGUGCGCAAAUUGGGCCGUCUGCUGCGCGGCCUGGAGGAGCAGGGUGGCUUCCUGAGCAGAGAAGAAGCCGGCGUAUGGGAGUGGGACGACGAUGCCAGCACACGCGACCAGGGCAACGGCGACAGCAAGGUGUAUGCCUUGUGUGAAAUGGUGCUCGAGGAUCUCAACAACUAUGCGGAAUGCAUGAUCCCCAUCGACGACUCCAACACCAUCAACCUCAAGCUGUUCCCAACCCGACCGCCGCCUCCGCCUAUUCUCGCCCACCAGGUUCCGCUGCUGACCAUGUCGCUGUCGAGCCUGCAGACGCCCAUUUCCUCGGAUCUCACCCUCAACCGCAUUCUUCCCUACAUCAACGGUGUCAAUUCCAUUUCGCGCAUAGCACAGCUCGCCGACACGGAUCUUUCCCUCACCCGCCGGGCCAUACAGCACCUCGUCUACUACGGCUGCUUGGUGCUGCUGGACAUUUUCAGCUUUGGCGCCAUUUAUGCACCGACUGCAGAGAUUGGCAGCUUUGUCAUGGACGCGGAUAUCAAGGACGAGUGUAUGCGCUAUGUGCGGGUGCCUCGCCUGACACCAGAGUCGAACCCCAAGAUGGUGAGGAUGGGCAGUGAAUCUGAAUCGAGCCUGACUGGUGGGCGAAGCCCCCUAUCACCAUCUGCAUCGCAGCUCAGCGAUCCUGGAGGAUCAACGUCCAGAGCGACCGAGCACCUUGGCGUCAAUGCGACUGUGAAGAAGGAUGCAAACGCUACCGACGAAUGGCACAUCGGCCACGAGACACUUAUCACGCUGUACACUUCCCUUCGCCAAGGGCUGACACUGAAGAAUUGGGUCCUCGAGAACCUACACCACUUGAGCGGCAUCGAUGUACGACGACUCAUCAGCUUUGGCAUCAUCAAAGGUUUCCUGUACCGUGUGCACAAGUACGCCAUAGCAGCACCCAGCACUCUACCCCCAGCACCACCUACCAGUUUACAAAGCUCUGCUGCACCCUCGAUAGUCAAUGCGCAGGAUUCAGACACAGUUACGAUCCGUGGUGGAGCUACACACCAUACUUCCCAGUCCAAGGUGCACUCCCACUCUCAACACCCUUCGGUGCAGAUUUCUCGACCGAGCAAUGCGUCGACUACAUCACUCAAUCCGCACGUAGCUACUACACAGCACCUGAACUUUGGCAAACCAGAGGCUGUCGAGAAUAUGGUCGCUGGAAGGGAGCAGAAGAACAGCCUUACGCUGCUGAAGUUUCUCGAUGGCGUGCAUUGCUUUGAUGAGAUUUGUUCCGAGCUAGGGUGGCCGGAGAAAGUGGUGGAAGGGAAAGUACGGGGCAUGGGGGAUGGUUUGGGGGUAGUUAUUCAUCGUUGA